ACUCCUAACCUAUCCUUUCUCUUCUCAAGGUUGUUUUGAUUCUUGUGGAAUAAUAAUUAAAAUUAGGCAUAAAAUAUAGAUUUAUGAAAUGUAAUUUGCCGAAAUUUUUAUGUUAUCUCAAUAUUUGAAAAUUUUAGAUGAAAACAACCAAUUAUUCACCUUACAAUCAUUGAAUUUUCAAUCACCACAAAGAUUUAGAAUCCGUCCAUUAUUUUUGGCGGCAUCUCCUUAUUUUGAAUUUGAAAUCAAAACAAGAAAAUGCAACGGAGAUCCACCAGGUCAAUGAAAAAAAAUGCUUCCCCAGCCAGAGAGUUAGAAUCUUCCAAACCUAUUAAAUCUACACAGUCAACAAGAAAGAGCAACUUAUGUGAUGCAGAUUCUGAAAGCAAUGAUAGUGAUCAAGACUUUGUAGUAAAAAAACCAGACAAAACAUCUAAGAAAAAAAGGAGAAAAAUCACAGACUCCUCAUCUAGUGAAAGUGAUAUAGAAAACUACCUCAAACCUGCCGAUGAGAUUGAUUUGAAUUCCUCAUUCUUCAAAAGUAGCAAAUGUAAAGAUGAUAUUCCCUCAUUUGAUCAGAUCGAAAAAGACAUAUUUUCGAAUAUUAAAGUUACAAGAUUAUCAGAUUCUGAUUCAUCUGAAGAUGAAGAAACUAAAAAUUUUGAGAAAAAAAGUGUUAUUCCCAAAAUAUCUCUAAAUGAUGAACCUACUGAAGAAAAUACAGAAAAUCUUCAAUCAAUGAAAGAAGGAGAUGAAAUUGCACUAUUGAAUUUUCAACAAUUAGAUGAUUAUAGAAAGAAAAUUGAAGAAGCGAAGAAAAGUGUUGAACAAUACCAAGCUAAACAGUUGCUUGAAAAUAUUGAAAAAGAGGAAAAGCAAGAGGAAAAAAUUAAUAUUGAAGAUUUAUUAGCUAUAGGGGAAACAAAGAAAACUAAAGAUGAAUCGGAAAAGGAACAUAGUGCUUCAUCUUCUGUUGUCAAUGUUGGAAAAGAUCCGUAUUCGGAUUCGGAACAAGAAGAUUGGGAAGAAAUUGGAGAUAACCGAACAAAGGAAGAGGAAUCUCUGAUUCCCAAAAAGGAAUUAGAGAUAACAGUAGAAAUGCCAUCCAAUAUGAAGAAGAAGAAAGGUAAUGAUCUGUUAGCAGUUAUUAAACGUCGCUUGAAUAGAAUAAGAAAGGAAAAUCAACUUCUUAUUCAUAAGGUUCAUUUACUUUGUUGGAUAGCUCAUGGAAAUUAUGUAAAUAACAUUCUUAACGAUCAGAGCAUGUUGUCUCUUGGUUUGUCGCUAAUGCCAUCCGAAAAGAGUUUUCCUUCCGGAAGAAUAGAUUUGAAUUACUUAGAACAAAUUCUUAAAUGGUUUAAAAAAACAGUUAAACUUGCUGAAAGGGUUCCACCAAAAAAUAUGUCCCUGGAAAAUUUAUUGAUCGAGCAGAUUUCUAAAAAAGAAGCUUAUUCCAAAAGUAUGCUUGCAAUGAUAUUCAUUACUAUUUUGAGAUCUCUGGGAAUACAGUGUAGGCUAGUAUUUUCACUUCAAGUUGAACCUAUACGACCUCCUAGCAGUGAUUUACAUUUUUUGGGAAAUCCUUCAGAUUCAAAAGAUAAAGGACAAAGCAAAGAUAAAAUUACAAAAGAAAUAGUAGAAAAAAAAGUGAAAGCUCUAGAAGCUGAGAGUAAUGCAAAAUCUCCUAUAAAAAAAAUAAAUUUGGAAAAACUAAGAACUGAUAGUAAGACUUCAGAAGACAAAAAAAAAGAACCUUCUACAGUCAAAGAUUUUAAUUCAAAGAAAGAACGUCCUGAUGGUUCAAAAAAAAGCCGUGUGUCAUCAAUAGAUAACAAAGUUAAAAGUAAAACAUCAAAAGAUAACACAAAAGAAACCAGUGAAUAUUUCAAAGAAUCUGAAAAAAAAGAAAGUGGAAAAGGUAGGGUACAAAAUAAUAAGAAGAAAGAUAAAGAGGAAACAGAAAAAACCAGUAAAGAAGCGGAUUCAAAAAGAAAAAGCAUUAAACAAGAGGAGAAGGAAAGCAAAGCUUCAAAAUCAAGCUCAGAUAAAAAUACAAGUCGAAAAAGUGGUAGCAGACAGAGUUCAAUGAAAAAUGAAAAUAGCAAAUCAGAUAAUAAGAAUCAGAAAUCAGAAAGCAAAACUAAAACUUCGGAAAAAAAAGAUUCGAAAGAGAAAAACAAGGAAACGAAAGAUAAAGAAAAAACUAAGGAAACAGGAUCUAAAAGGGUUACCCGAUCAAAAUCAAAGAGCCCUGCAUUUGAUUCAUCCCAAAAUGUUAGAUCUAAAAGUACAUCUACUCUAACUGUAAAGUUAGAAAGAAUAGAUGAAAACCAUAGUGAACUGCCUUCAAAAAGGUCAUCUUCUAGUACAGAUAUCUCAAGGAGAAAAAAAAUUCCACAGUUGGAUGGUAUGGAUGAUUCUGCAGAAUUUAAAGGCUUUGAUGAGUUGCAGAAAAAAAAGAAAACAACAGAUAACCAAUCUUUCGAAAAAAUCUAUUCUCAGUUAUAUAAAGAGGUUUCAAGUGAGACUUCUUCAUCGAAAGUGAAUCUCAAAAAACUGAAAUCAACCUCAAAUUCUGACGAUGAUGAUUGCAUCUCAAGAAAACAUAGGAGAAGCGUGAAAAAACCGUCUUACAAAGAGAAAAACAGCUCAGAUUCUGAAAAUGAUUUUGAAGAAACUCCACCAAAAAAAAGCAGAGUUUCAGAAGAAGCAGCAGCAAAUAAGAAUAAAAAGCAAAACUCUGAUAAAAAAAGGAAUGUGAAUCUGCAGAAACUAAAGGCUCGAAAAUCUAUUAAAGUUGAAAAAACAGAGAAAAAAUCCCCACAAAAAACAAUUGAUGUUAGACAAGACAUAAUGAAUAUAAUAAAAAGAGGAAUAGCUGAACAGAAAGAUAACGAUAGAAGCAAAUUGGUGAAGAAAAGAAAACCAAAACACGUGUCGGAUGAAGAAGACAGCGAUUAUGCACCAGAUCCGAUAAAGAAAAAAUAUCAUGAUAGCGAUGAUGAAUUUUAUCCCAAAAUGAAGGUUAAAAAAAGGGUACAAGUUAAAGAAGAAGUGAAGAAAAUAAAGAAGAAAAAACCUAAGGAUUCAAAUAGCAGAAAAGUGAUAUCAAGCGAUAGUGAAUAUACAGAAGAAGAAAUAGUUGUAAAAAAAGAGAAAGAAGAAACUGUUAAAAAAAAGAAGGGCAAUGAUACAUGGCUGGAAGUGUUUCUAGAAAUGGAAGAGAAGUGGAUCAGUGUGGAUGUGGUUUUUGGUCAGGCGCAUUGUGUUAAUGAACUUUAUUCUAGAGCAUCCCAUCCAGUUUCAUACGUUUUAGCAUGGAACAACAAUAAUCACAUAAAGGACAUAACCAGAAGAUACUGCCAGAAUUUCAAUACAGUUACAAGGAAGCUGAGAAUAGACGCAAAAUGGUGGGAGGCAUCUUUGAAAACAUUUCUGGGCCCCAAAAAUGCCAGGGAUCGAGAGGAAGAUGAUGAAUUAGAUAGACAACAACAGGAGAAACCACUGCCUACUACCAUAUCAGAAUAUAAAAAUCAUCCUCUUUACGCACUUGAGAGGCAUCUAUUGAAGUUCGAAGCAAUAUACCCACCUAAUGCUGCUCCUUUAGGUUAUGUCAGGAACGAACCUGUGUAUUCGAGGGAUUGCGUAUUCGUUUGUCACUCGAGAGAUAUUUGGUUGAAAGAGGCCAAAGUUGUCAAGCGCAAAGAAAAGCCUUACAAGAUUGUGAAAGCGAGGCCUAAAUAUGACAAGCUGUCGAAUACCAUGAUAACGGACCAACUCCUGGAAAUUUUCGGUCCGUGGCAGGUUGAGGAUUACGAUCCACCAACGGCAGAGAAUGGCAUGGUUCCUAGAAACGCCUUCGGAAACGUGGACCUCUUCAAACCAUCCAUGCUGCCCAAGAAAUGCGUCCAUCUCAGGUUGCCCGCUUUGAACAGAACUGCCAAACGAUUGAAUAUAGAUUGCGCCUCCGCCAUAAUAGGUUUCGACUUUCACGGCGGCUGGAGUCAUCCUGUUUACGAUGGAUUCGUUGUUUGCGAGGAAUAUGAAGAUGAGCUUGUUGCUGCCUGGAAUAUGGAACAAGAGGAGCAAGAGAAGAAAGAGCAGGAAAAGUACGAGAAGAGAGUUUACGGCAAUUGGAAAAAGUUGAUCAGAGGUUUGAUGAUACGGGAAAGGCUGAAGGCAAAAUAUGGAUUUGGACAGAACGAGAAGGGGGAAGAAGAACCUGAAAGUUCUGGCGAACCGAAAGAAAAGAAAAUGAAAACAGUGAAGAAAAAUCGUAGGUUGAUCAGCGAUUCUUCUGACGAUGAAUAAUACAACAAAUAAUAGUUUAUAAGAAGCAAAGAGUCUCAUAAGUAACUUAAGUAUCUGUUAAGUAUUCUUAAGAAUCUCUUUUUUAUCGAUUCAUUGUUGAAUUUUGUAUAAUGGAUAAGUCGUUAGAAAAUAUCUUUUUUAUGUUAAACAUUUAUCCAUAUUUUACCGAUGGAUAAAUUUGUAAUUAGUUGUGUUUAUCUUUUUUAUUUUUUUUUAUUGUCUUAAGUUUUGAAACUGUUAGAAUUAUAUACAUUGCUAUUUCUUAUCUUGAACAAUUCGAUUUUCGUUGUUUGAUAAAA